GUCUCCGUCUCCAGGCAACGGCCCACAGGCAGCUUCACUCCCAGGGCUGAGCCCCCACUGAGUUGGCUUCCGCGAUGACCUCCAAACAAACCAAAAAGAAAGAGGUGCAUGGUAUCAACUCGGCGCAUGGCUCGGACAAAUCUAAAGAUCAGUACGCUUCGGGCAGUAAUUUACCACCCAGUGCUGAGCAGAAGAAGGGGAAAUUCCCAAUCUGGCCGGAAUGGAGCGAAGCUGACAUCAACGCAGAGAAGUGGGAUGGAGGCAAGAGUGGUAAAGAGAAGGACAAGACGGGGAAAAGUCCUGUUCUUCAUUUUUUUGAAGAUCCUGAAGGAAAAAUUGAAUUGCCACCAUCACUGAAAAUUUAUUCCUGGAAACGUCCACAUGAAUUUCUCAUGAGUCGGACUCCAGUAGUGGUGAAAAACGAGACCGCCUUUGAUUUGUUUUCGGAAAACGAACAUAUACUGUGCAGCGAGCUGAUGAGAUGGAUUAUCAGUGAGAUCUAUGCAGUAUGGAAGAUUUUCAACGGGGGUGUGUUGAAUAAUUACUUUAAAACAAAUUCAGGGGAGCUUCCUCCACUCAUCUGGAAGCCCUGGGAACACAUAUACUCUCUGUGCAAGGCUGUGAAAGGUCACAUGCCCCUAUUCAAUAACUAUGGAAAAUAUGUUGUGAAACUUCACUGGAUGGGUUGCUGGAGAAAAAUAACCAUUGAUGACUGCAUGCCUUUUGAUGAAGAUAACAACCUUUUGCUCCCAGCUACAACCUAUGAAUUUGAACUCUGGCCAAUGCUUUUGUCUAAAGCUAUCAUUAAGCUGGCAAAUGUUGACAUCCAUGUAGCCGAGAGGAGAGAGUUGGGAGAGUUCACAGUUUUUCACGCACUUACAGGAUGGUUGCCAGAAGUCAUUUCUCUCCACCCAGGGUAUGUUGACAAGGUUUGGGAUCUUCUAAAAGAUAUAUUGCCUGAAUUUAAGCUGUCAGAUGACUUCCCCUCCGAAAGUAAAAUGACAGUGAUAGAUAACAAGGUGAAAGACCCAGGGAAAGAAGUGAAGGAUGGCAAAGAAGCAAAAAAUGGAAAAGAGUUCAGACCUGAAGCUUCAGUGACUGCGCUGAAACAGCCUGAGAAAAGUGACAGAGUUGCCAAGGAUAAAUCAGACAUGAAGGACGUAGGGAAGAAGAGGAGUAAAGACGGAGAAAAGGAAAAGGACAAAUUCAAGUGGUCGAUUCACGGGUCAAGGCCGUCGUCAGAUGUGCAGCACUCUCUUCUGUCUCUGUCAGAGUGUUCUUCUGCAACACUGUCCCCUCACAUGGUGGUUUAUGCUACAUCCACACCUCUCUAUUUGCAUGAAAAGAAGAUCUUUGCAUUAGAAACUAUGACCAAUUCUGCCGAGAAACUUAGAGAGUAUGGUCUUUGCCACACCUAUAGCCAUCCUGUGCUGGUGACCAGAACGAGGUCCUGUCCUCUGUAUAUGCCACCCAAACCACCCCCUGUGCCUGCCUGGAAACUCUUUCGCCAAAAAAAGGAAACUGUCAUAACGGAUGAAGCUCAAGAAAUAAUAAUAAAGAAGCCUGAACAGUUUCUUGAAAUUUCAAGUCCAUUUUUGAAUUAUCGAAUGACUACAUUUACAAUCCCAAGAGAAACCCAUAUCAUGCCAUCUUUUAUCAAGAAAGGAGUGUCGCCCGUCUACAGCUUAACCCCACUUGCUGAAACUGAUGAAAGUAUGACCUUCAGCCAGUCAGACCUAGUUCAGUUGACAAAAGCUGUAUCUCAGGGUGUUUUUGUUCCACAAUCUAUAUUUGGAAGAGGCACAGAGGAACUAACCGAAUAUUAUGGAUUGAAUGAUCCAGUUCAUCAAGCAGAAGGACUUAGCACAGAAAAAGAUUUGACCAGUCUGACAACAGCAACACAAGAAAAAUCACAGGAAGAACUCUCAACAGUAAAUUCAGGUAUUCCCAGUGACAUCUGGGUAGAUUUCGAAGACUUCUGUAUAUGUUUUCAGUAUAUAUAUGUUUUCCACAAGCCAAGUUCUUACUGCCUUAACUUUCAGAAAUCGGAAUUUAAGUUCUCAGAUGAACGUGUGUGCUACUAUCUGUUUGUGGACAGUCUCAAGCCCAUAGAGCUCCUGGUCUGCUACUCGGCACUGGUCCGCUGGGGAGAAUCUGGAGCUUUAACAAAAGACAGCCCUCCUAUAGAGCCAGGACUACUUACAGCUGAAACAAUUACUUGGAAAUCUCUGAAGCCACGUGAUCUGGUUUUAAAGAUUCACACAUAUGCUACCAAGGCUGCUAUGGUCCGCCUACCUGUUGGGCGACACAUGCUGCUCUUCAGCGCCUACGCAGCGGUCGGCCACUCCAUACACAUCUGCAGCAUGGUGACAUUCGUCAUUGGCGAUGAAGACGUCGUACUGCCCAAUUUUGAGCCGGUAAAUAUCGCAGCAGCUGAGAGCUACAGGUUUACAGAACAGGCUUUAGCGAUUUUGAAGGCUGUUGGAAAGGUCAUCUCUAACUUCAGAGAUAAAAAUAAGCUGUCUGCUGCUCUGAAAUACUUAAAGAAAGUCCACUACCCUGUAAACCUCAAAGACAAAGAACUGACGGCCCAGCACUUCCGGGUUUUCCACAUUUCUUUAUGGAGAUUAAUGAAAAAAGCCCAACUAACAAAGCCAGCUCAAAAUUUCAAGUUUGCAUUUCGUGCUAUGGUUUUAGACGUGGAUAUACUAGACAACAACCUGGAAGAUGUUUCUUUAGCGGAGUGGGUAGACAUUAAAUAUUGUCUGACAACAAAUGACAAAGAGUAUUCUCCUGAAGAAAUAGCAGCAGCAACGAAAAUUCAGGCCAUGUGGAGAGGGACGUACAUUCGGCUACUUAUGAAAGCCAGAACGCCAGAUACAAAAGAAAAUGCCACUGUUGCAGAUACUCUUCAAAAAAUUUGGACUGUAUUGGAACAGAAUCUGGAACAGUACGCAGUUUCUCUCUUAAGAUUGAUGUUCAAAAGCAAGUGCAAGUCUAUGGAGUCUUACCCAUGCUAUCAAGAUGAAGAAACGAAAAUUGCUUUUGCUGACUAUAACGUGACCUACGCAGAUCAGCCCCCCAAUAGCUGGUUCAUAGUAUUCAGAGAAACAUUUUUGGUUCCUCAAGAUAUGAUGUUACUUCCCAAAGUAUACACUACACUUCCAGUCUGUAUACUUCACGUCGUUAAUAAUGACACAAUGGAACAGGUGCCAAAGGUGUUCCAAAAAGUGGUGCCUUAUGUUUACACCAAGAAUAAGAAAGGGUACACGCUUGUGGCUGAAGCCUUUACUGGGGACAAUUACGUGGCCUCCUCGCGGUGGAAACUUCGUCUUAUUGGCCCUUACACUCCACUCCCAUGUCUCUCGCGAGACUUUCCCUGCAAUAUUUUUACCAUAAAGGAAAUAAGAGAUUACUACAUUCCCAACGACAAGAAAAUUUUAUUCAGGUAUUCAGUUAAAGUUGCAUUACCACAUCCGGUUACGAUACAUGUCCGCACCUGCAAACCGGAUGUCUUCAUCAAGCUGCAGAUCCUAGAGAAUGAAGAGGCCAUUGUGAGCACUACUGGGAAAGGCCAGGCUAUUAUUCCAGCAUUUAAUUUCUUGGGAAAUGAAAAAAAUCUGAGUUCUCAGUCUAGCAAGCAAUUUCUUACAACUCAUAUUUUACCCAAGAAAGAACAAGAGCUGUUUAUUAAGAAGAAAUCUACUACCGGAUCUCAGAAGUCAUUUAAGAGUCGACCUGGAAGCGCUGCCAUGGAUACCGGCCUGCCUAUCAUGGACGAGGAGCCGGUCGCAGUACCCACUGUAGAGGAGAAUACUAGCACACCACAGCAGGUUUACAAGUACAUUAUACAGUGUAUGGUGUUGUUUGAUAGUUGGCCUCUCACCGAAAGUCAACUGGCAUUUGUUCAAGCUUUGAAAGACUUAGAGAAAAAUGAUAGCAAAGGUCAUGGGGAGAAACACGAGGAGCUAGUUACCAUGGGAGGCACUGACUCCCAUAUUACCAGUGAGGGGCAGAAAUCCUCAGCAACUUCCAAAACAACAAGGAAAGGCAAAGAGAAGCCUGAGAAAGAAAAGACAGGGAAAGAGAAGCAGGCACCUCGAUCUGAACCCCAGAUGUUCACCACUCACUCUCAACAAGAAGACCCCAAUAAGCCCUACUGGGUUCUGAGGCUGGUCACGGAACACAGUGACAGCGACUUUUUCGAAGUGAGAAAAGACACGGAGCGAGCAGAUGAGAUCCGUGCAUUGAAGCAGGCCUGGGAAACGGCUGAGCCAGGAAGAUCAAUCAAGGCAGCUCAGGCUCGUCUGCGUUACCUCCACCAGUACAUCAAGAAAUCCGAACUUGAGGCUCUCGCACCUGAGAGCAAACCUCAUGUGCAUGAAGUAGAAGCAUCUGCGAGUGGCAUGAAAGACACAGACAAGAAGAAUUCCCUGACUGUAGAUGGCAGAGACUACUCAUCACUGGGCAGCUCACUCUGGAGGAAGUGGCAAGCAGCCAAGGGCUUUAAGGACCUGGCGAAAAUAACAGGCGGCGAAGGAGGGAAGGAAGAAAGAGAACAGGGUCUGCAUAAGGAAAAGCACUUGUCUCAUUCACGAUCCCCCGCCAUUCUAGAGAUAUCUCCACGGCUUAUUCGAAAGAAGCUAAAAGUAGUAGACAUAGACCAGUAUGUACGGAAAACAACCGCCGAUCCUAUCCUGGUCACAGAGGAAUUUAACCAGCAGCAGGCAAUGCAGAAGUCAGAGGAGAUUCAUCAGUUCCGACAGUACAGGAACAGAGUUCUUAGUAUUCGAGACGUGGAGCAAGAAGAAAGGUGUAGGUUAAAGGAUGAAGUCCUGGAGACAUAUGCAGAAAUGCGGGACUCUUUAGAUGAAGCCCGACACAACAUCUAUGCUAUCCGAGAAGAGUACAGGAACAGGCUGCUAGAAGCUGAGCGCCUGAGGUUGGAGGCUCUGGCUGCAGAGGAAGCAGCCGCCUUGACAGAAAUGGAAAAGAAGUCCUCGGCUCCUGACACACAGAAGAAGAAGAAAGGCAAGAAGAAGUAACCCGCAGAUACUCUAUACCAGUCUCCUUCUAAAGAGAACAUAUUCCUUAUUCCGUUUUGAAUCAUCAAUGACUUUCCUGUGUGUAUGGUAUCACAUCCACUGAAAACCGGAAGUGUCGCUAGCACAGAAAUUCUUUAUGCAUCAUAAUGUUGAUGGGCUCAUUUUGGUCAGAAAACUUCUAUUUGGAGUUAUUAGAGAUCAGAUGUUUCUUUUUUUUUUUUUUUUAGUUUAAAUAAAAUUGCUUUACAAUGUUCAGGAUGCAAUAUAUGUUUCUCCUGUUAAAUUGCUUCUUUUUAGUUAGUACUAAAACAAAACCAAGACUAUACAUAUGUAAUUAGCUGAACUGUCUUUGAAAAGAUCAACUAUGAGAAAAGUAGCUACUUCUCGAGAAACUUUUGUCACUGACUUUAGACAUUAAAAUGGAAGCUGUACUUCA